UGCAGAACUGUCAAACGCAACAGCGACAGACUGGAAACUUAGCGCUAAUGUCAUCAUCAGCACCACCCAAACACUAAAAACACGGCUCGACUGAUGGGUCAAUUACUUUAUUAUUUAGCUUUCAACCAUGGGACCUCGACUUAAAUUACGGAAACAACACUGCUGGUGCAUCUCGACUGGGAAUAUAAUCGGGUUUCUUCCUCAAACCUCUGCGUGCUGAAUGAAAACAGUCCGCCGAAGCCGUUGCUGACAAACCGUGGACUGGAAAAAUGUGAUUCAGGAAAUCAGGCGUAGUUUCGCUCGUCCGGUUGUUUACACGGUUUUCGGACGACGUUUCUGCUCACGUAAAGUACAUAUUCAGAGAUCGUUGUUUGUUUAACUGUGGCUCGGAUCGUGACACGUUGCGCGCUAAGCUAAUUUAGCAUUUAACUCGGGUGAUUUAGACGCACAGGAAUCUGUUUAGAAGACGCUGUUGCUUUAAAAGACGCACAAAUCUACGCAACGUUACUAAACACGGGGAAUAAAGUAAAAGUGAAUCUGCGUGAUUGACUAAAGUCGUGCUUUGUGGCUUUAACUGGCCUGUUUUGGGAUCGAGCAUCUCAUUAAUUUCACGCUUUCUCUUGGGAUGAUUAAUGACGGGUGCAGGUGAUGACCUGUAAGUGAACUCAUCGGCUGUGUGUUAGAAGAGGAUCAUGAUGGCUCGGCAGGAGAACGGACGUCGCUCGUCCGAGGACACCAUGAGUGUGAGGACUCUGGGCAGUCAGUUUGACGAGGAGAGCUCUUUCGGAUCCGACUCUGAGAUCAACGGCUUCACCAGCUCGAGACAAAUUGACAAGUACGGCUUCAUCGGAGGAGCCCAGAAGUUUUCAACCGAAUCGGCUCAAGAAGUGCCUCUGGAAGUGUUAAGGCACCGGGAAGCCAAAUGGUUGGAUAUGUUGAACCACUGGGACAGAUGGAUCAGUAAAAGAUUCAAGAAGGUGCGACUGCGAUGUCAGAAAGGAAUCCCGCCAUCGUUGCGAGGCAGAGCUUGGCUCUAUCUGUCAGGUGGAAAAGUGAAAAGAGAACAAAACAGCGGGAAGUUUGAGGAGUUGGAUAACAUGGAUGGAGACCCGAAGUGGGUUGAUGUGAUAGAGAGAGAUCUACACAGACAGUUCCCUUUCCAUGAGAUGUUUGUGUCCCGAGAAGGUCACGGGCAGAAGGACCUGUUCCGGGUGUUGAAGGCUUACACCGUGUACAGGCCGGAUGAGGGUUACUGCCAGGCUCAGGCUCCUAUAGCAGCAGUGCUUCUGAUGCACAUGCCUGCUGAGGAUGCAUUUUGGGUGCUGGUUCAGAUUUGUGAGAAGUACCUCCCUGGAUAUUACAGCGCAGGCCUGGAGGCCAUACAGUUGGAUGGAGAGAUCUUAAAUGCGUUAUUAAAGCGCGUGAGCCCUCCAGCAUACCGCCAUCUUGAGAAACACAAGAUCGAGCCCAUCCUCUACAUGACGGAGUGGUUCAUGUGUGCAUUUUCCAGAACUCUACCCUGGUCGUCUGUGCUGAGAGUGUGGGACAUGUUCCUGUGUGACGGAGUGAAGAUAAUAUUCCGUGUCGGCCUGGUGUUGCUGAAAAGCAUGCUGGGAUCUCGUGAGAAACUGAAGGCUUGUCCUGGUCAGUACGAGACGAUGGAGCUUCUCAGGGCUCUGGAGCCACAAUACAUGCAGGAGGGCUUUCUCGUACAUCAGGUAUUAGAGCUGCCCAUAACUUCUCGGGACGUGGAGCGGGAGCACCGCGUGCAGCUCAAGCGCUGGCGGAAAAUUCACGGCGAGCUCAGCUACAAGUCCCCUCCCAGAAUGCACGGCGCUCAUGCCAUCAUGUCUGCCGAGCCACACACCCGCCAAGACCUCCGUCAGAAACCCACAAUCAUCGUCCAGUACCCCCUGCUGCCCUCAGACACUAAAUCCGAAUUCAAUCGCAUCAAGAAAAGUAGCACUAUCCGAAAAGCCCCCAUUCCGACAGUGGACAUCCCAAACCCGUAUGCCAUGCCAGCAGUCCCCCUUAAUAUUCAAGCCCAAGAGACGGCCUCAAGCAAUCAGUCCAACCAUCCUCCUCCAUCACUACAGCAAUCCCACCUCACUACACCCGAAAACACCCCCUCCUCGGAUCCACAACAUCCUCAACCGUCUCCAAAUCUCUCUCGCACCCCACCACCUCCCCAGCCUUUCCCAAAACCCACCCGAAAUCUGCCCUCCAACCCUGCAGUCACUGUCCAGCCACUCUCUCUGCCUAAAGACUCGAGUAACGCCAACAACUCGGCCCACCCGACAGAUCCUCCACCCACUACAGACUCCGCUCCGCCUCCUCCAGACGACACGCCUGUGAACGGCAGCUCGGGCGCUGCUCCCAGCGCUCCUGGUUUACGUAACUCGAGUGAGAGCGUGGGUUCAGAGGACACGUACCUGUAGCUGUCCAGCUCCGCGUUCAGGGAGGAAAACAGUAUUGGGAACCAGCAUUAUGCAUGAGAACAAGAUGGGAGGAAAAACUAUGAAUGUAUUUUGAUUUUCUUUGGGUGAAGCGACAAGAAUCCUCUCUAUCAGUAUCUUGUGCCUGUUAGUGUGAAGAAUUCAAGAAUAUAUAAAGCUUAAUGACAAGGAUCAAAUGACUUAACACUUUGGCGUCUAUGCACACAAACUUCCUUUUUUCUCUGUGCUGAUCCAUAAUUGACUUCACAGACUUUGUUACAAUGUUCAAAAUAAAAUGACUAUUACUUCUUCCAUUAUUCCUCAAUCAUAAGCAGAACAGACUGUUUGGCAAGUUAUUGUGUUUUUCGCUGCUUACCAAUAUUAGGUCACAUUGCAAGAGUUAAUAAUGUAUGACUCUCCAAUCUUAACUAUUAUAAGUGUUUUUUUGUUGUUGUCGUUGUUGUUGUUUUUCUCUUUUCACAAAACUAUUUAAACUGUCAUCAUAACACAAAUGAGCAUUUUGUGUUUUAACAUCAUGUCUGUUACGAGUAAUUACAUUCAAAUGUGAGUGAAAUGGAAAAAAGGUUUUUCAAUCUUUCUUAGAAGCAAUGUAAGUGGAAGUAUCCUUAAAAUACUUUUCAGGAAAAAAAAGUGCACAAAUGUUAUCUUUCGGUGUAUAAAUGCUUGACAUUGGGGCAGUACCUUUGAAAUAACAACUCUGUACCUUUAAGGGAUGCUUAAUAGUUCCUUUGAGAUUCAUUUUGGUGUAAACCGUGACAAGCUGUACAGUUUGUUUAAAAAAUAUAUAUCUGAAUACUUUCUACAGAUUUUUAUAAACUACAUAUAUAUAUAAAAA